AUGCAGCCAAUGGUCAUGCAGGGAUGCUCCUACACCCUCCCACGAUGUCAUGAGCGGCAUACAGCAGACCAGUCACAUCGCAGCAGCACCACCCACUCACAGUCUCAGGUUAAAGCAGCGGAAGAUGGUGAAGGAGCGCCCUGUGUAACCCAGCAGGCUCCCGACAGUGCCCUCAGGCCCCAGACACCUCUGGAGAUGAAUCUUUGCUGGAAUGAAAUAAAAAAGAAAUCCCACAGCCUUCGGGCUCGUCUGGAGGCCUUUUCAGACCACAGCGGGAAGCUGCAGCUCCCCCUCCAGGAGAUCAUAGACUGGCUGGGUCAGAAGGAUGAAGAGCUGUCCGCCCAGCUGCCACUCCGGGGAGAUGUGCUCUUGGUGCAGCAGGAAAAAGAGACGCACGCAGCUUUCAUGGAAGAGGUGAAGUCUCGGGGCCCAUAUAUUUAUUCCGUCCUGGAGUCGGCGCAGGCCUUCCUCUCCCAGCACCCAUUUGAGGAAUUAGAGGAACCAAAUUCUGAAAGUAAAGAUGUCUCUCCAAGGCACCGGAUCCAGAACAUCAGCCGUUUUGUCUGGAAGCAGGCGAAUGUGGCCAGUGAGCUGUGGGAGAAGCUCACUGCCCGCUGUGUUGACCAACACCGUCACAUUGAACGAACACUGGAGCAGCUGCUGGAGGUCAAGGGAGCCAUGGAAGAGCUCAGCACAACACUGGACCAGGCCGAGAGUGUGCGAGAAACCUGGGAGCCCAUUGGGGACCUCUUCAUCGACUCCUUACCAGAGCACAUCCAGGCAACCAAGCUGUUUAAAGAGGAGCUCUCCCCCAUGAAGGAUGGGGUGAAGCUAGUUAAUGACCUCGCACACCAGCUUGCUAUCUCAGAUGUGCAUCUGUCCAUGGAGAACUCCCGGGCUCUGGAGCAGAUCAACACCCGAUGGAAACAGCUGCAGGCCUCGGUUAACGAACGCCUGAAGCAGCUCCAGGAUGCCCAUCGGGACUUUGGCCCAGGUUCCCAGCACUUCCUCUCCACCUCUGUCCAGGUUCCCUGGGAACGAGCAAUUUCACCCAAUAAAGUGCCAUACUACAUCAACCACCAGGCUCAGACGACAUGCUGGGACCACCCCAAGAUGACUGAGUUAUACCAAACGCUAGCCGAUUUGAACAACAUCAAAUUCUCUGCAUAUCGGACGGCCAUGAAGCUGCGCCGUGUCCAGAAAGCUCUGCGGUUGGACCUGGUGACUCUGGCCACAGCCUUGGAAAUCUUUAAUGAGCAUGAGCUACAGCCCAGCGAUCGCGUGAUGGACGUGGUGGAGGUCAUCCACUGCCUGACUGCCCUCUAUGAGCGGCUGGAGGAGGAGAGGGGCAUUCUGGUCAACGUGCCGCUCUGCGUGGACAUGAGUCUCAACUGGCUGCUCAACGUUUUCGAUAGCGGUCGCAGCGGGAAGAUGCGAGCGCUGUCCUUCAAGACUGGCAUUGCAUGUCUGUGUGGCACAGAGGUGAAGGAGAAAUUCCAGUAUCUCUUUGGCCAGGUGGCGAAUCCCAGUGGUCUGUGCGACCAGCGGCAUCUCAGCAUCCUGCUGCAUGAGGCCAUUCAGGUUCCGCGCCAGUUGGGAGAGGUGGCAGCGUUUGGGGGCAGCAAUGUGGAGCCCAGUGUCCGCAGCUGCUUCCGUUUCAGUAAUGGGAAGCCUGUGAUCGAGGUCGUCCAGUUCCUGGAAUGGGCCAACCUGGAGCCACAGUCCAUGGUGUGGCUGGCUGUCCUGCACAGAGUGACCAUUGCUGAGCAGGUGAAGCACCAAACCAAGUGCUCUGUCUGCAAACAGUGUCCCAUCAAAGGCUUCAGGUACCGCAGCCUGAAGCAGUUCAACGUGGAUAUCUGUCAGACCUGCUUCCUGACUGGACGAGCCAGCAAAGGGAACAAGCUCCACUAUCCCAUCAUGGAAUACUAUACCCCGACCACCUCUAGUGAGAACAUGAGGGACUUUGCUACGACCCUAAAAAACAAGUUCCGGUCUAAGCAGUACUUCAGCAAGCAUCCACAGAGAGGCUACCUGCCCGUCCAGUCUGUGCUGGAAGCUGACUUCACUGAGACACCGGCCUCCUCCCCGAUGUUACCGCAUGCCGAUACCCACUCCCGGAUCGAACACUUCGCCAGCAGACUCGCGGAGAUGGAGAGCCAGAACUGUUCCUUGUUUAAUGACAGCUUGUCCCCAGACGAUAGCCUGGAUGAGGAUCAGUACCUGUUGCGUCACUCCAGCCCAAUCACAGACAGAGAGCUGGUGUGCAGCCCAAAGGUCGAGGACAGCCUCAACACGGAGGAUAAGGGGGAGCUGGAGAGAAUCCUGGCCCACUUAGAGGAUGAGAACAGGAUCCUCCAAGGAGAGCUGAGACGUCUGAAAUGGCAGCACGAUGAGGCAGUGGAGUCCCCCACUGUGGCAGAAGGGUCUCCAGAAUCAGCCCAAGACCCGCACAAUGAUGAGCUCCUGGCUGAGGCAAGGAUCCUUCGGCAACACAAGAGCCGCCUGGAGACCCGAAUGCAGAUCCUGGAGGACCAUAACAAGCAGCUGGAAUCCCAGCUGCACCGCCUGAGAGAGUUGCUACUGCAGCCGCCAACUGACUUGGACAUCAAUGGCUCUGCGGCCUCUUCUUUGGCUUCCUCGCCCCAGCCGUCGGAGGGAAGUCAGUCCAGGGAGAAGGAGCACAACACCCCUGAAACCGAAACUGCAGAUGAGGUGGAGACGAGGGCACGGGAUGUCAGUCUGUGUUUGGAGGACAUCAUGGAGAAACUGAGGAGUGCCUUCCCCAACUCCCAAGGUACUGGACUGAAAUCCCCUUUGCUGGUUUCUUACUCCUCUCUAAAAUGA